AUGUUUCGAAGGUUCCGUUCGGACCGGUCCGAGAGUGGCUCUUCGUCAGACCCGGGCCCGCGCCGCCUGCCAAACCGGGCGUCAUUCGCCUCCGAAAAUCUCCCGCUAAGGCCAUCAGAGACCGUGCUCUUAGAACAAGACUCCAUUGUUACUGCGUCCACAAGCACUGGCGGGAACUUCUCGAUGCGCCGCACUGCUUCCACAAACCUGAGCGGAACCAUCUCCGCGCCACCCCGAAACGCCCACGGUCACACCCUCGUCCACGACCCUCAGGACUCCGCCGAUAUAAUAUUUGUGCACGGCCUUGGGGGCUCUUCUUGGGCCCCAUGGGCUGUCGCAUUUCAGAGUGAUUAUUUCGGCUACAAUGCCAACUGGCGUGGGCCUGAUACGACGCUGAGCAUUUUGGAAUUUGCCAAGGGCUUUUUGGUGCGGAUGAGGGGGUAUGGCGACUGCGAGUCCAAUGGAGAGAGACCAAUUGGGAAGCGACCGAUCAUCUUCGUUGCGCAUUCCAUGGGAGGGCUAGUCGUGAAGGCUUAUGUACUAGGCAGGUAUGAUGAACACUUCACAGAUAUGAUCUCGAACGUCCACGGUAUUGUUUUUCUGUCGACGCCACAUCGGGGUUCAUCCCAUGCAAGCUCGCUCAACAACCUCCUUUCGGUUAUGAUUGGAACAUCGAGCAAGGUGUAUGUCGCGGAGCUAGACAGCAAGUCGACCUCAAUUGAAGAUAUCAACGAGCAGUUUCAGUCCGUCAGCGACCCUCUACGUCUGGUAUCCAUGUACGAGACGCUCCCCACCAGAGUGCCUCCGGGUACCAAGAAAUUGAUUGUUGGCAAAGACACCGGCAUUCUGAACUACCCCAGGAAAGUCUCCGGUCCAGCAGACGCCGACCACCAUACUAUCUGCAAGUACCGCAGUCGGGUUGACGACAGCUACGUCUUAUUCAUCACAUUCCUAAAGCAGAUCACUCGGGACCUUGUACCUCCUCUGGCGUCGCACCCAACGCAAGGGCCCCUGCAAGAGCGAGUUCACAUUCUGGAGUCUAUCUUGGGAAUUGUCGAGAGUCCAACGGAAAAUCUUGACAAGUUUGCCAGCCAGGGCCUCCAAGGAUCCGGUGAAUGGCUACGCGGACAGAAGAGCUUCGAGCACUGGCUCAGCGACCCGAGCGGAGAGACACUUGCCGAGCGGCUUGUUCGUCUGCACCAAGAUGUUGGAGAUGCUUUGUCUUCACAGAAGUAUCAGACAAUAUGGACAAAAGCCUUCGAAGGAAUCCUAUUCAAGAUGGACAUCGGCUACACCUUGCAUUGGGUGCUCGACGCCGUCGACGAAGCCGAGAAUCCCCUGGCGCUUCUCAAACUUGUGUCGCAAAUACGAUCCUCCUCGUGUAUCAAGGUCAUGCUCCUUAGCAGGCCGAACAAAGACAUCGCAGGAAUCUGUGGGUACUUUGUCCGUAUCGAUGGCGACAGCGUGACCUUGAUACACGCCACCGCUCGAAAGUUUCUGGUCACACCCGAUGGGAACGAGCCCGAAUUCGUUCCAUCACAGGAUGGCCACAGCACACUUGCCAAGGCGUGUCUCCAAUACCUUUCGGAUGAUCGAUGGCGGCGGAUUCUGUCUCAAAUCCCUGAAGCCGACGCGAUGCACAAAGACCGAUUAGCCGUUCUCUACGAUACUCAUCCGCUCCUGAGCUAUGCGCUGAACUACUGGGCGUACCACUACAUCAAGCUCUAUCUGAAGAAGCGGAAAAAGAAUUUGGGCAAGUUCGGUAAUAACUUGGCCGAGACUCCCUCAUCCAUCUUCAAACACAUUCCGCCAUUAUGCUCUCGCGACUCGAUCAUUGGUCAGUUCGGGGCUCACCAAGAAAACGCGCUGAUCCAAGUCACCGGCAUUUCCUCCCGAACCUGGGAUGACAAUCUUGCUCGAUUAUCCGUCGGCCAGGACGAGAUGGCAUCCAAAGUGCGCGCUAUCGGCGUCUACUUCCUGACCUUGGUAUCGAGCAACGGUACCGUAAUUAUUUGGUCAGCCGAAACUUGCGAGGAGCUCCGGAGGCUUGAACACGAGGAGUGGGUCGUCCUGUUCGAAACCAACGCAACGGGAAGCGCGGUUGCAACCAGCGGUCGAGCUACCUUCAAGAUCUGGGAUAUCUCUUCGGGGCAGCUGCUUCAUUCUAUCACCAAAGACCCCCAAAUGCGGCUCAUCCAGAUUACCUUUGGAGCUGUCCAGACGGAUCUUGUCGUCGCUUAUGAUGAUUGCUCGGUUGUCUGGUACGACAUGGUGGCUGGAACUCAAGUCGAAAAGUUCACAACCGAGGAGUCGCACAAACUCCGCGGUUGUCCCCGUCUGACGGUACUCAGCCCGGACCAAUCGCGAGUCGCUAUUGCUUUCCGAGGACGACCAGUCUUGUUGUGGGAGACCAAUGACGCGUCCCUGAACCCGCCGCGGCGAUGUCUUCGUGCUGCCGACGAGAUUCGGUCAAGCGAAUCAGAUGCGUACAACGCCCCUGAAGUGGCAAUCUGGCAUCCUGACGUGGAGUCGCUAUUCAUUUUGUAUCAAGAUACAGUUCUCGUCCACUGGGACCUCGUCAAGGACGAGAUAUCCGAGUUUGACUACACCGAGGCUCGCGAGAUGGUCAUCAGCAGCGACGGGUUAAUUUGGUCUACCGACUACACGGCGACGAUUAUGUUCGUACAUGGCCUUCAGUCCGGAUUCACGGCGCAUCUACGACACGAGGGGGUUAACGUGCUGCGUCUGGGAGCCUGA